UGCUCUGCGUCUCCAAAAGGGGCCCUCUCACUUCUCACAGGGUCAGUCUGGUGCUUGGUCGUGGAGCUCCCCACAACUCUCGCUGGUCCCUGAGCUGAGUCCCCCUUCCCAGAGUUGCGAGCAAGUUUCCCCUCUCCCUGGCGCUGUGUUGGCUCGGGGACCCGGUCAGCCGCAGGUAGCUGAACUCAGGGCCACAACUACCCGCGUCGGAGCUGCGCGCGCUCCUAGGUCUCUCCCUCUUAGUGCACGCUGGGGGUCCCCGAGCUCGUCUCUGCGGGCGAGAUGCCCCUGGGACACAUUAUGAGGCUGGAUCUGGAGAAAAUUGCCCUGGAGUACAUUGUGCCCUGUCUGCACGAGGUCGGCUUCUGUUACCUGGACAACUUCCUGGGCGAAGUAGUGGGCGACUGCGUCCUGGAGCGCGUCAAGCAGCUGCACAGCAACGGAGUACUGCGGGACGGCCAGCUGGCUGGGCCACGCGCGGGCGUCUCCAAGCGGCACCUGCGGGGUGACCAGAUCACGUGGAUUGGGGGCAACGAGGAGGGCUGCGAGGCCAUCAGCUUUCUCUUGUCCCUCAUCGACAGGCUGGUCCUGUACUGUGGGAGCCGGCUGGGCAACUACUACGUCAAGGAGAGGUCCAAGGCAAUGGUGGCUUGCUACCCAGGAAAUGGAACAGGUUAUGUUCGACAUGUAGACAACCCCAACGGUGACGGCCGCUGUAUCACCUGCAUCUACUAUCUAAACAAGAAUUGGGAUUCCAAGCUACACGGUGGCAUCCUGCGGAUAUUUCCAGAGGGGAAAUCAUUUGUAGCGGAUGUGGAGCCCAUUUUUGACAGACUCUUGUUUUUCUGGUCAGACCGACGGAACCCACAUGAAGUCCAGCCUUCCUAUGCGACCAGAAAUCACAGACCUGAGCCCCACACAGACGUGCAUAUUAAAUGUCAAAUUGGAAUGUGCCCUAGAUAUGCUAUGACUGUCUGGUACUUUGAUGCUGAUGAAAGGGCAGAAGCCAAAAAGAAAUUCAGGAAUUUAACUAGGAAAACAGAAUCUGCCCUCACUGAAGACUGACCGUGCUCCAAAAUCCGCUGGCCUCAUUCAUUUUAACAGCAGUUCCUGGAUUCUCUUAGAGAGUUGAGACCCAAAGAAGGCCUCUUCAGUGAAUUGGUGACCGGCAAACCCCCUACUGCUUGCGUCAUUCACAUGCCUGUCUUGCAAAUGGUACUUGGUGUUUCCUUGCCAAGACUGCAUCCACCUUAGGACACUCUCUCUGCCAGAUGAACCCAUUAUCUAAUUCUGAAAAUACCUGCAGAAGACCUCUGUGGCCAGCGGUCUGGUAAUACUGUGUGUAUCAAAAUGAGAGCUCAGAAGCAUGGGCGAGGGAAUAAAUCUUAUUUGCACUUUAUGUACACUUCCUGAUUUGAAAGGAGGAGGCUCACAAAGAAAAAAAAAUGGUGACAGAUGCCACAGGGAGGCAUCAUUGAAGCCUUAAUAGCAAGAAACAGGAAUUUGUGUCAUCUGAACAAUUUCCAGAUGUUUUUAAUCCAGGGCUGUUGGGGUUUCUGGAAAAUUAUCACAACCUAAUGACAUUAUUACCUCUAGACAGGGCUGCUGUCAUAGUCAUCAAUUUAUCAGUGUCCUGUGGGUAGACACUCCUUUUUCCUGAUCCUACAACCUGGACUUUCUGCCUCUGCUGUAUUUCACUGAGCACAUGACUUUCUGAUCAAAAAUGACAUCAUUUAUUUUCUAUUUUCACUUUUACUUGGAGAACCUAAUUCUUCAGAGGCAAAACCUAGAUAUUAAUUAUUAGUUUGAUUGCUUCGUUGAAAUGAAAUUUGAAUUUAAAGCAAAGGGAAAAAAAUGUACCUGGUAGUUUAGAGUUGGCAACCUCUGAUGCUGGUGUUGAAAGACCUGAGUCUACUGAUAUACGACAAAUGUGUGCGCGUCUUGAGAAUGAGAUGGACUUGGAGGUGUGGACAUUCUCAUUUUUCAGUGUUUCUGUUGAAUGAGCUCACCCUUCUUUAACAAAAUGAGAAACUAUUUAAAAAAUAGGGUGCUAUUAAAAAAAGAAAUGGAAAUAAAAAAAUCCUGAAAAA